GCAUGCACCGGAGAAGUGGGCGGGGCCAAGCCCGCCUGUGUCAGGAAGGCCGGGCCCGGAUUCAUUUCGCGAGAUUUUAGCUUGGCGCCGUGACCCCCAUGUGAGAGCAGCAGCUCCUAGUAAACACUCCCAGAGCAGCUCAGACAUGGCUACCCGGUGCUUACACGACUAGACAAUAAUAAUAACAACAACACCAGCAUCAGCAGCCCGUUCACCAGAGCCGGUGCGGGGACCAGCGGCAGGACUAAUCGGCGCAGCCUGCGCUACUUGUGCUCUCUUUGUUUUGCUUUGCGAGGCUGUCAUCGGCAAAUCGGAUGCCCUAAGCGGUACCGAUCACCAGGGGCUGUAAUAAACAAGGUGAUCCGUACAUCUCAUCCUCAAUCGGUACACUGCACGACGAGAUGUGGAUCCAGGUGAGGACCAUUGAUGGCACGGAGACCCGCACCAUAGAUGACCUGUCCCGGCUCACCAAGAUCGAGAGCCUGAGGUUAAAGAUCGAGGAGAGUUUUAACGUGACCCCGGACAGACAGAGGCUUUUCUAUCGGGGCAAACAGCUGGAAGAUGGACAUUCCCUCUUUGACUAUAACGUUGGAUUGAAUGAUAUUGUCCAACUCUUAAUCCGUUCGCAGUCUGAGGGUACAAGCAAUUCAAAGAAAAAGGAAGGUGAAAGCAAAGCCCAGUUGAAUUCCACAAAUAAGCACAAGUCACGUGUAUCCACUUCAGUUCAGCCAUCUACUUCCGCCCGAUCUUUCCUUAUUGAUGCAGGAAUUGGAAUUUACAAGAUCAAUGAGUUAGUGGAUGUGCGCGAUGUAACCAUUGGAGCAUGGUUUGAAGCAUCUGUUGAAAAUGUUACUAGAGCCUCGAAAGGACAGAAAAAUGGCAAGGCUCAUGGUAAAGGUGGCAACUCUUACAAAGGGACUAAUGGCAGCUUAAAUGAGGACCAUUCCAUUGAAAAUUCUCACGUUUCGGACUCUGGCCCUUCCACUUCUUUUUCUGAUUAUGUGGAUGAUGAUGAUGUAUCUUAUUUUAUAAAAUAUGAUGAUUAUCCAGAAAAUGGAGUUGUGGAAAUCGAGUCUUGCAAUAUGCGACCCAGAGCAAGAACCAUCUUGAAGUGGAAUGACCUCAAAGUGGGUGAAAUUGUAAUGGUGAAUUACAACAUGGAGACACCAGAAGAGCGUGGGUUCUGGUUCGAUGCUAAAAUAACAGAACUGAAGGAACAUUCUAGAACUAACAAAGAAGUCUAUGCAAAGAUUUUAUUGGGUGGUCCGGAAGAUGCUAUAAAUGAUUGUAAGAUUGUUUUUUCUGAGGAAAUCUACAAGAUAGAAAAGCCUGGGGCAUACCCUCUGUCAUCUGGAGAUGGAGAUUUUAGGAGGAAGAGUGGCCCUGAAUGCAAGUACUGCAAAGCAGACCCAGAAGUGGAAUGCAGAUUCUGUUCCUGUUAUGUGUGUGGAGGGAAGCAUGAGGCUCACAUGCAGCUUCUCUGUGAUGAGUGCAACAUGGCCUACCACAUUUACUGCCUAAACCCACCGCUGUCAAAGAUCCCCGAGGAUGAAGACUGGUAUUGUCCUUCCUGUAAAAAUGACUCAACGGAGGUGGUGAAAGCUGGUGAAAAAUUGAAACAAAGCAAAAAGAAGGCAAAGAUGCCCUCUGCUAGCACUGAGAGUCAGAGAGACUGGGGCAAGGGAAUGGCCUGUGUUGGACGCACUAAGGAGUGCACCAUUGUCCCUUCAAACCAUUAUGGUCCCAUCCCUGGUGUUCCUGUUGGGGCAUUAUGGAAGUUCCGAGUGCAGGUAUGUGCUGCAUGGGCUCUUGUCUUAGCAGGUGGAUUUGAAGAUGAAGUGGACCGGGGUGAUGAGUUUACAUACACCGGAAGUGGAGGUCGAGAUCUUUCUGGAAACAAAAGGAUUGGAGAACAUUCAUUUGAUCAGACGUUGACUCACAUGAACAGGGCCCUGGCCCUAAAUUGUGAUGCGGCCCUGAAUGAUAAAGAUGGAGCCGAGUCUAAGAAUUGGAGAGCCGGAAAGCCUGUCCGCGUAGUCCGAAGCUCCAAGGGGCGUAGAAUCAGCAAAUAUGCCCCCGAAGAUGGCAACAGAUAUGAUGGCAUUUAUAAGGUGGUAAAAUACUGGCCUGAAAUAGGCAAGUGUGGGUUCCUAGUAUGGCGAUAUCUAUUGCGGAGGGAUGACGUAGAGCCUGCUCCAUGGACUGCGGAAGGCAUAGAACGCUCAAAGAAACUUGGCUUGACAUUACAGUUUCCAGAGGGAUAUUUGGAAGCCAUGGCUAACAAAGAGAAAAAAGUCAAGAAACCACCUACAAAAUCUGAGCCCAGCAAUGACACAAAUGAGGACACCUUGCCAUCCAAGUCUGUGAAGCUGUCAGAGGAGGAGGGGGAAGAGGAGAAAGCUGGGGAAGCAUUUCAACUCACUGAACAGCAGGAUUGGCUUAUUAAAGAGGACUCUCAAAACCAGAAGCUGUGGGAUGAGGUUCUGUCUUCUAUUAAGGAGGGCCCUAACUUUCUGAAAAAAGUUGAGGAAACAUUUAUGUGUGUGUGCUGCCAGGAGUUAGUUUACCAGCCAGUUACAACAGCAUGCCUCCACAAUGUGUGCAAAAGCUGUUUGCAACGUUCCUUCCGAGCCGAGGUCUACACCUGUCCAGCAUGUCGUUUUGACCUUGGAAAGACUUACAAUAUGGUUCCUAACAAGGUCCUGCAAACACUGCUCGACCAGUUUUUUCCUGGCUACACCAAAGGACGGUGAUUGGUUGUGCUCCCACAGCAUUUCCUUUUUGACUUUUUAUAAAUAAAGACAGAUUCAAUAAAUCACAAAAAAAAAAAGAAAAAAAAAAAGAAUAUUGGACCAACAGAGGCAGCGUGGAAUGGAAACACUUUCUUCAAAUCAGGGGGGAAUGUUCUUCCCUCAUGUCUCCAUGUCUUCUGUUUUUGACUGUUGCAACAUCCGAGGUAGUCUGUCUCUUAAGACCAUGGAUUUAGACACCACCGUCACAUGCUGGCUACCACACCUACAGUCUGGCUUGUAUUAACUACCUCAGAACAGAGGAAGAGAAUACAUGGGGACAACGAGAGCAAGUAAUUGAUCACCUGAAGUUCAGCAACGCACAGCCUCCUGGUUGUUCAGUCAUUCCUGGUCCAUGACAUUUUUCUGCUCCAGUGCCAAGAGGGUCCACAGUGUGUUGUAGGAAAAAGGCUUGUAGACUCCUUUCAGAAAGGAAGGGCUCAACGUACACUGACAGCACUUAAUACAAAGAGUUGUGUUAGAUUACAGAACAGUAAACUCAAGUUUUUAUUCUUUCCUUUUUUACUAUCUUCCUUUCCCCCUUUUGUUCUGUUGCAGAGCUUAUUUGUAGUUUAUUACUGUGAGCUUCUCUCCGCUUUAUAUUUUGUACCUUAUGCCAGCUGACUACUAAUAUUACUAAUGAGAACAAUAUGUAUGCAUUGUUGCAACAUUAGUGUAAUGUAAUCUGUGUUUUUUGCUUUAGUCCCCUUUUUUCUUUUUUGCUCUUAGAGAUAAUCAAUACACUCUAGCAAUGUGAUUUUACAUUUGUUGUCUUUCCAAUACAGAAAGCCACUUUUUUUUUUUAUUAGUUGACAUUUUGUAUGCUUCAGUAGAGCCUUGUAUCAGUGGCAGUACAAUCUGCAAAGCAUUGCAAAUGGUGACAGUUAUAGCUUGGAGAGGGUCUAAACUAGCUUCCUAUUGUGAUCUCAAAUUUUAUACACAGUAUAUCCCCUAAAAUAUACCUUAUUAAAUAUUUUAUGAUUCUGAAAUGUUGCUUAUGUUUAUUUGCUGGUCUAUGCUGUGUACCUGUAGAAACAUAACCCUUCUUUUUUCUAGAGAAAUGUU